AUGCCACCCACAAAAAUCCUCGUUAAUGGCGCCGGCAUCUCCGGCUCCGUCCUUGCCUUCUUCCUCGCCAAACACAGCCCCAAAUUUUCCAUCACGGUCCUCGAACGCUCUCGCGCGAAUCAGAAACUCGGACAAGGCCUCAAGAUCGAAGAGCCCGCGCUAACAGUCGUCAAAGCAAUGGAGAUCAUGGACCAGCUCCAACAACUGCGGACUGGGGAGCUGGGGUUCCGACUUGUUGACAAGCGGGCAAGGUCGAGGGGGUAUGUCGGUGUUAAUCAGGGGUUUAGCCCAACGGGAGCGCUGGAGUUGAUGCGUGGUGAUUUGACAGAGGUUUUGUAUAAGGCAGCUGAUGCGUUCGAGAAUGUGAAUUAUCGGUUUGAGAGUACAGUGAAGAGCAUGGUCGAGACGGAGAAGGAGAAGGGGAAAGUGGUUGUCGAGAUUCAGAAGCGAGGGGAGGAGAAUGUGUCGAGGGAAGAGUUCGAUCUCGUCGUCGGUGCUGAUGGCGUGAGAUCAACGACCAGACAGAUGGUGAUGGGUGACUCGCGCGAUUGGUAUAAACCCCUAGGUGCCUACGUGGCAUACUUCUCCAUUCCCAAGGAGGAUCGCGACUGGCCAGAUUCCAAAGCAUGCCACUUCACCAAUCGUCGAUUCAUGUGGCUACGUCCGACAGGAGAGCACUCAAAACAAACAUCAGCUUACCUAAUCCACAUGAACAACAACGUCCCUGCCCUCCACGAAGCAAACGCCACAGGCGACCGUGCCAAACAAAAACAAGCCCUCGCCGACCUUUUCAGCAAUUGCGGCUGGGAAUCAAAGCGCGUCAUCGAACAAAUGCUCAAAGCCGACAACUUUUACUCCGACGAAAUCAUCCAGAUCAAGCUUCCGACAUGGUCAAAAGGUCGAGUCGCACUCCUCGGCGAUGCAGCAUGGGCCCCCACUCCAUUUACAGGCCAAGGAAACCAGCUCGCAAUAAUCGGCGCUUGGGUAUUAGCACAAGAAAUUUCUCGCGAUUCGGGCACGAUCGCUUUCGAGAAGUAUGAGAAGAGGUUAAGGGAAUAUGUUGAGGAGUGCCAGCAGAUACCGGUCGGUGGAUAUAUGCCAGCGCUGGUCGUUCCUAAGACGAGGUUAGGGAUCUGGUUGUUUCGAACAGUGUUUAGUAUCAUGGCGUGGGUCAUCAAGUUGACGCAGAGAGAGAAGCCUGCAGCUAGCUCGGGGAAGGUUGAUAAGCCGUUUGAUCUGCAAAUGGACAAGUUAGAGUCGAAGGGGCUAAGUCAGUGA